UCUGAUAACUAAGCUAUAUUGUAAUGUGUGCAUUUGUAUAGGUGGAACCCUUAACAAAGGGCUGAAUAGAAUGUGUGCAACGUUGUUAGGAGGGAUGUUGGCGGUGGGGGUAAAUUACUUUGCGGAUUGUGCUGGACACAAAGCUGAGCCAAUAAUUCUUGCUGCUGCUGUGUUUGUACAAAGUGGAGCGACCACUUUUGCACGUUUUUAUCCAGGGAUAAAGACCAAAUAUGAUUAUGGACUCCUAGUCUUCAUUCUCACCUUCAGUUUCAUGACAAUCUCUGGAUAUCGCGUACACAAUUUAUUUGUUCAGGCUUCUCAGCGUCUCGCCUCCAUAAUCGUUGGAUGUGUUUUAUGUAUUCUCAUCAGUUUAUUCGUUUGCCCGAUCUGGGCCGGAGAAGAUCUUCAUAAAUUGACCAUUCACAAUAUGGAAGGGCUUGCCCAAUCCUGUGAAGGAUGUGUUGCUGAAUUUUUUCGAGGAGGAGACAGCGACAAGGAUAAAGUCUCCAAGGGCUACAAAUGUGUUCUGAAUUCCACGUCUUUAGAAGAAUCCCUUGCGAACUUUGCUAGAUGGGAGCCUGCACACGGGUCAUUUGGGUUCAGAUAUCCAUGGCUCCAGUACCUGAAAAUGGGAGCGGCCAUGCGUGGUUGUGCAUAUUACGUAGAAGCUUUGAAUGGUUGCCUUAACUCUGAAACCAUGGCACCAUCAUCUGUGAAAUCACACAUGGCAGCACCCUGCAUGCAAAUUGCAGCAGAAUGUUCCAAAGUGCUGAUACAACUUGCAGACAGCAUAAAGACAAUGACCAAGAACCCUAACUCUGAUCUCAUGAUUGAAAAAAUGAACAAAGCAAUGGAGGAGCUCCAGAAGUGCUUGAUAUCUCAUCCAGAGCUUUUCAACGUCAGUAAAAGGUGGCAGAUUAAUGAUGAUGAUGGUGGGAAUAAUACAGACUCUGAAGCUAAAAACCUUCUCCAAUUUUCGAUACACAAGCAAGUGAAGAAUGCUGAAAAAACCCAAAAGAAAAGUGCAAUAGAAAACAGUAAAAAAACAGCAAUAAACUUCAUGGAUGGUCUUGCUGUGGCCACAGUUGCGUGUCUUCUCAAAGAAAUUGUGGCAAGGCUUAGCACUGUGAUUAAGGCAGUUGAUGAACUGGGUAAGCGUGCAAAUUUCAAAUCAGCAGAAAAUAAACAAAUAACUGUAUUGCUGAUUCCACCAUUAUCUCCUGCAGCAGCCAAAGAAGGUUCUCCACCACCUUCACUUAAAAAAGUUCUUAGACGCUGCACAUCAGUCUAAUGUCACCUCAAACAAUGAGGGCCACUCUUAGCCAGCAUAUUCUUUAAGGAAUAUUUACGCUUUUUUGGGUGUAUGAGGUGACAGACACAUUAGUAAGCUGGUGAGCUGGUCGCAGGUUUAAGUCAUGGUAGAUUCUUUUGUUUGUCAAGAUUUGUUUAUAUUGCAGUGUAGCAGGCAAAUUGCACUUUAAGAAAAGCACUUUAUUCUACAUUAAACUAAGAAGAGAUACUUAUAAUGACAUGUGCAAAACAUAAUUUAAAAGUGCCUGGAUACUCAUGCUACACAAAA